AUCUAAGAUCAGGAAAUAAACAUUCUGCGAGAGCUCCGGCACGAAGUAGCUACUGAUAACUUGCAAACACCGCGGAGAUAGCAGUGUUUUUGUGGGGUUUGUUGUUUGAUAAAAUCAUGGCUGCGGACUGGUUAGGCAGCCAGGUGUCCAUCAACUGUGGCCCGACUCUGGGAGUGUAUCAGGGUGAAGUCUCUUCCGUGGACCAGGCUAGUCAGACCAUCUCACUAAGACAGCCUUUCCAUAAUGGGGUCAAGUGUCCUGUCCCUGAGGUCACAUUCAGUGCAAUGGAUAUCAAAGAGCUGAAGGUCCUGGAUAUGGCCACUGGAAGCAGCUACAACAAUAACAACAGCAGCAGCAUCAGCAAGACCAGUGUGGGGCAGAGGGUUGUGACUGACAUCACUCCCAGUUACUCAGGCCACAGUAGCAGUCAGAUUAGUAGGGGCAGCUGUGUGGUCAACAACACACAGGCCUCGACUUCUGCUCCAAUCACCAUCCUCCCUCGCAAAGGCCCUCAGGGCUCGUCCGGCGGCAGGGGGUCCGCCCAGGCCACGCCCAAGAAGAACGGCGUGAAGAGCGGCCACGUGGGAGGCCACAUGAGGCUGCGCGACGACGAGUGUUUCGGCGACGGCGUGGACGAGGGCCUGGACACGGACUUCGACUUUGAGGGGAACCUCGCUCUGUUCGACAAGGCGGCGGUCUUCUCGCAGAUCGACGGCUCGGAUCGCCACGGCAAUCAGCGGGCGCGGCCCCGCAGCACGCCAAACGAGCAGACGCAGUCGCGUUACCGCCACGACGAGAACAUCCUGGAGGUCAAGCCGGUGGUGUACCGGCAGAUCAGCGUUCCUGCCCACGGAGGGAAGGAGUAUUGCACCGACUCAGGCCUGGUGGUUCCCAGCAUAUCUUACGAGCUCCACAAGCAACUAGUUGCUGUGGCGGAGCAUUAUGGGCUGUCUCUGGAACGGAGGCUGGAGAUGACUGGGGUGUGCGCCAGCCAGAUGGCUCUUACCCUGUUGGGGGGGCCCAACCGACUGACCCCUAAGAACGUGCACCAGCGGCCCACGGUGGCCCUGCUGUGUGGGCCCCACGUCCAGGGGGCUCAGGGCAUCAGCUGCGGACGCCACCUGGCCAAUCACGACGCUGAGGUCAUCCUCUUCCUGCCCAACCUGGUGAAGAUGCAGGAGUCCAUCACCAGCGAGCUCGCCCUCUACGACAAGACUGGCGGCAAGCAGGUGGCCACCGUCAAAGACCUGCCGGUGAGCCCAGUGGACCUGGUCAUCAACUGUCUGGACUGUCAUGAGAACCCCCUGCUGAGGGACCAACCCUGGUACCAGGCUGCUGCCAGCUGGGCCAACCAGAACCGGGCCCCAGUCCUCAGCCUGGACCCUCCAGUGGGCGGCCAGCCCCAGGUUGUGGAGGCCAAGUGGACCCUGGCCCUGGGCCUGCCUCUCCCUCUGGCCGAGGGCCAUGGUAGAGUCUACCUCUGUGACAUUGGCAUACCCAAACAUGUGUUCCAAGAGGUCGGCAUCACUUACCAUUCGCCCUUCGGAUGCAAGUUUGUCAUCCCUCUGCAUUCAGCGUAGCAGGGCUUUGGAGCUCCUCAGGCAGCCGUGCUUGUGUGUGUGUGUGUGUGCGUGCUUGUGUGUGUGUGUGUGCUUGUGUGUGCGCGUGCUUGUGUGUGCGUGCAGCUUUUUGAAUGGCCGUCACUAACGUGCAACACUAAAGGUUGAUGGAUGUGUCCCUACUGAUGUCAAAGCAGCUUGGGAUUGUUCCCCUGUCGGGAGCACAUCCAUGGCCCUCUGAAAGGGAAAUGGAGCAGUAGCCCCUGAAUGGAGCAUCUCUGGAAAUGGCUUCAGAUGGUUUUGAUGGGGGUAUGUUUUCCUGGAACUCUCACAGGGUGCGUGAGCUGUCACUGCUAAAGGGAAACCCUCAGAAGGAGGGGGGGGGGGGUUCCUGUCCUGUUUGGUUGUGGGUGUUGUGAUUGGGGGGGGGGGGUCUCUGUCUCUCCCUAUCAUCCAAAGUAUGUUUACACAGCCCGCAGUGCUGACCACUGUGAGUCUAUUCAUGACCUCUGUUAGCAGCGCUGAGUCUGAGACACACUUCCUGUUGAAGAAAUGUGUUGAGACUGGAGCUGAGCCAGGCCCAAAGUUGCCUAUUUUGUUCUUGCCAAUAAAGAGACAGCAAUAACAAUUUAGAUUUUCAGCAUUUUUGAGUAUUCAGUUAUAAAAAAAAAAAAGAAAAGAGGAAAGGAAAGGAUAAAAAAAUACACAUAAGCACAGAUUUCACUGAAAGUGUAUUUCUUUUGCUAAGCUAAAUUCACACUUAACCAGCAAUCAUUUUGGUUCUCUUCUCAAUUGUACCUCAGGAAUACAUUGUGAUAUUACAUUGUGUUAUUAUUGUGAACAUAUUUUGUCUGCAUUUAUUUAAAUGCAUAUGUAUUUUCUAUUCAACAGCGGGUCUGUAUUUGCAAGACUACUGAAAUAUUUGAUGUACACUAAAUAGGAUUGUGUUUAUUUGAAUGAAUUUGUAUCACUACCCAUCAUCGGAGAUUAGGUUUGUCUGUUUUUGAACUUAUGGCCAUGGUCUCAUAUGGGCAGUGUGAAAUGUCUUUGUCAGCAGAGUUGACAAACUCUGUGCUCUACUGCCACUGGCAUAUCUCUUUUAACAAGUAUCUGGCAUCCUAGUAUGUAGCAUUUAAAUAUGACAAGCAUUUCAGAUAAAGAUUAACCUGGCCUUUUCUUUAAUUAGACAGACACGGCAUAAGACGUUUGUUUCUUGGUAGGAGUAACCUCAAAAAAAUAUAUCUAGAAUGCAGAAUGUUGGUUGUUGUUGUUGGUUCUUUUGCUUGGUUUUGUACAAGACCACUUCUACUCAUCAUACAAGCUCUGUGUACAUUUCAGAGGAGUCCAGCGUCUCUAAACUGGGGCAAGAAAUUGUUUGCCUUCAGAAAUAAUGUUUUUCAAUCAGGCUCUUUAAAAUGUACUUGAGGCAAACUGAAUUUAGAUGUUUUUCUGUUCAGUAAACAAGUUUGUGAUUGCCGGCCUCUUUGCUAAGUAACUUCCUUGGAUGGAUGAGUUAUGUUUGUGAAAGAUAUUUUCCAAGCAUUUUUUCCAAGCGCAGUCCGCCCAUCUCUGUGUGGUUGCGUGGGACUCCUGGACAGAUAUGCUGCAACAGGAGCGGUUGUCUGGUUUAGAUUAGUUUGGCUGGGUUCUCAUAUGGCAGGUUUCAAUCACUGAGUAGAUUAGACUGACUUUUUGUUGUCUUCCUCUCUCAGCCUGGUGGAUUUUACUCAAAGAUCAUCUUUUCAAUUUCAAUCACAGCAUAUGUUGUGUGCAUUGGCAUGUCAUCUAUUCUCUGAGGUUCCUCACAGGUCAGAUUAUCGAUAGAGCCAUUCAACGCUACCUGUCUGGCCUUUCGGAUGGCUCCAAAAAAACACAGCCAUUAGAAUUGAGUCCACCAAUGUCUGUAUCCAGUGGUUGCAAUACCACACUGUGUAUAAUUUAUUUGCAUGUGAUUCCAGUGUGUUUAUAUGCAGUUGCUGUUCGUUUAGGGAAUAGACUUUCUUCUUUUAUACUGCUGUUUUGAUGCAGCCGGUUUUGGGUUUGGGGCAAAUGGGAUGGUUAUAUAAAUUAACCUUUUCAACAAUGUUCUGCCUGUGUAUUGUGAAAAGUUGUGGUUCGAGAUGACAGCUAAAAUAUAGUGUAGCUGUUCACCGGCUUGUUGGGCACACAAAACCGAGAUUUGUUACCCAAAACACAAAUACUUGUUUUCUAUUGGUUUUUAGUUUGUUUCUUAUGGAUCAAGUUACGAAGUCUGUCCCCCAGGGGGUAUAUUUUGAGAUAUAAGCGGACUUGAAAUACAGACGGAAACAAUUCCAUUGCUUUGGUUUAUUUAACCCGUUUUUGGGUGCAAAACAGACCAGACAAUUUAUGAAAUUAACAAGUGCGCCUCCAGGAUUUUUUAACACGUUCGCCUCCAGGAUUUAUGUGGGGAUUGUUAUUCAGUUAUGGCCUUGAGCUCUGUUGUUUACAGCUCAUUAUGUAGUGUGUUGAUAUAUAUGCUUCAAAAAGUACCCAGACUGCCAAUUAAUGUUGAUACAAUGUAAUUUACAUGUUUCAGUUGCCACUCACAUGUUUGAAUAAAAUAAUAAUCAUC